CCUCCACACACACUCACUCGUAAACGGUAUUUUUCUCUCAUCUAUAAAAUAAAGUAUGUCCAUAAUAUUUUUGGUCACAAUUACAAACGCACACACAUUCUCUCUCUAUAUCUCUCUCACACACGCGCACGAAUUCCAUCGUCCUCGCUUCACGCAGCUGAUUGGAAGUAUUUUCAGAACCACAGUUUGAGAUGGGGAGUUUACGUGCGAUUUUGAGGCAUCCGGAUGAUUUGUAUCCAUUGCUGAAGCUGAAAUACGCGGCGAGAAAUGCGGAGAAGCAGAUCCCGCCGGAGCCACACUGGGGAUUUUGUUACACCAUGCUUCACAAGGUUUCUAGAAGUUUCGGUCUCGUUAUUCAGCAGCUCGAUACCGAUCUUCGCGAUGCUAUAUGCAUUUUCUAUUUGGUUCUUCGAGCACUUGACACUGUUGAGGAUGACACUAGCAUAGCAACAGAGCUAAAAGUACCUAUUCUGAUGGCUUUCCAUCGUCACAUAUUUGACCGAGAAUGGCAUUUUUCAUGCGGUACAAAGGAAUAUAGAGUUCUGAUGGACCAGUUCCAUCACGUUUCCACUGCUUUUCUGGAGCUCGCGCCUGGUUAUCAGGAUGCAAUUGAGGAUAUUACCAUGAGAAUGGGUGCAGGGAUGGCAAAAUUUAUUUGCAAGGAGGUAGAAACCACUAAUGAUUAUGAUGAAUAUUGUCAUUACGUGGCUGGCCUUGUUGGAUUGGGGUUAUCCAAGCUAUUCCAUGCUUCUGGGAAAGAAGAUCUGGCUACAGAUGCUAUGUCCAAUUCAAUGGGUUUAUUUCUUCAGAAAACAAACAUUAUCAGAGAUUACCUUGAGGAUAUCAAUGAGAUACCAAAGUCACGUAUGUUUUGGCCUCGUCAAAUAUGGAGUAAAUACGUUAACAAACUUGAGGACUUGAAGAGCCAGGAAAACUCUGUUAAAGCAGUGCAGUGCCUAAAUGAUAUGGUCACAAAUGCUUUAGUGCAUGUAGAGGACUGCCUCAAGUACAUGUCUGAUUUGAAAGAUCCAGCUAUCUUUCGCUUUUGUGCGAUUCCACAGAUAAUGGCAAUUGGGACAUUAGCUUUAUGCUACGACAACAUUGAAGUCUUCAGAGGUGUUGUGAAAAUGAGAAGAGGCCUUACUGCUAAAAUUAUCGACAGAACUAAAACAAUGUCUGAUGUGUAUGGUGCUUUCUAUGACUUCUCUCGGAUGCUGAAAUUUAAGGUUGAUGACAAAGAUCCUAAUGCGGGAACGACAAAAGACAGAUUAGAUAGUAUCUUGAAAAUUUGCAGGGACUCUGGCACCUUAAAUGAAAGGAAAUCUUACAUUAUUGAGAGCCGGCCCCAGUACAAUGCUGCUAUUAUGGUUGCUAUUUUCUUCAUCAUAUUAGCAAUUCUUCAAGCAUACUUUGCACCAAAGAGAGCCGUCUAAUAUAUGUGAGUUUUUUCCACCUCUCUUCUUUGUCAAAUAUUGCUUAGUUUAUAUGAAAAAUAUUGAUAAAAAUACCACACUAUUGUUUCUAUUGCUGACUUACAACUUUUUAAACAGGGGUUAAUUGGCUGUAAAUACAUGAAGUAUACAUAAAUUUUGAUUUUUAACCUACACUAUGUUGUUGGUCAAUUAAUACAUAAACAUUGAACUUUUUGAGAUUUGGCUUGAAUUAAAAUUUCGGCCACAUUUAACCCUAUGUGGAUGUGAAUUUUUAUUACGUGACAAUUCUUUUAUAUGAGCGGGCUGUGACAAAGAAGAAAAAGAGAAAAUGUUAUGAAUCCACGUAAUAAAAUUCCGGUGUCCAGUUAAUUCAGGCCGAAAUUCCAAAAAGUUUAAACUUUAUGUAUUAAUUGACCAAAAAAAUAGUAGUUAAUAUUGAAAUUUGAGUAUGCUUUGUAUAUUUGCGGGCAAUUCCCCUUUCUCGAGCCUGGUAAUUGACAUUUGAAAGUAGUAUCCCAAAUUAUUGAGUCACGCCACUCAUGAAAACUGGAAAAAUAAAACCACGUUAAAAUGAAAAAGAGAAUGGUAGAUUUUCUCAUAGAAUAGUACAAAGCUUUUGUUGUUUUUGAAGUGUGCCAAUAAAAAUUUCCUUUGUGAUGGCAGGAUUGGUUUAUGCGGAUGAGAACUUCUCCUUGUUGCUAUCUACCUAUAAGAGCUAAUUCCACAUACCUGUUUCUGUUUAAGCUUGUCACCCAAAAAAAAAGAAAAAAAAAUAAGGUAAUGAAUUUUGUGCAUAUGUUUGAAUUUGUCCAUGUAGUGCUAGACUGGGAUUAUUCAAAUAUGAAAUAACCUAAUUAGAUCCACAAAGUUUAGUGCUUGUUAUUCCAGAAUUGUAGUUGAGCGUACAACCAAAUUACAUUUGCAUGUUUAUUUAGUUUUAAUCCACAAACAGAUGUUGUACAGUGAUCUAUUUUCUUGAUAUUAGUUGAACAAUGAUUAUUAAUA